UCUGAAAUUUAUAUUUUUCGAGCACAUGGCAGAGAAUGAAUCUGUACAUUGAGGGAUCGAAAGUUCUCCACAAAGUUUUAGAGAAGCAUGGAUCUGUAAAAAAUCUUGCCUACAGUUCACAAUAUGAGAACAAACCCCAGUUGAUUGGACUGGUGUGUGAGACACUGAAGUAUGGCGCCUUGCUGCAGCAGCUGGUGGACCGCACUAAACUUCUCACUAAAGAGCACUUACUGAAGGGAGAUAACCUGCUGGCUCAGACUCUUGUCCAUGAUUUUGUAGUCGGCCGUGGAAUCAAUCAUGCUGGAAGGCUCAAGCAAGUAAUAACUCGUAAUCGUGCUGCCCUGACAAAGAAGUAUGAGUCUAUGCUAGCUGAUGCUGGUGUUACAUCGUUGGAACAACUUCUGCCUCAGAAUGAGACUUCAUUUGCAGGUACCUUACCCAGAUAUGUGAGGGUCAAUCUGUUAAAAUCUUCUGUAUCUGAUGUGAUCAGUACUUUGGAAUCUGAAGGCUGGGAACGAUCAGUCACUCCCGCCAAGGACAUUCAAGGGUUCCAGGACGCAGUGAGUAACCUACAGGACUAUCAUUUCCUACAGGACCCACACCUGCACGACGUCCUCGUUUUUCCUCCACGCACAGAUUUCCAUGAAAAUGAGCUUCUUACGUCUGGGAAAAUUGUAUUACAAGAUAGGGCCAGUUGCUUCCCAGCCCACAUCCUUUCCCCACCAGAGGGUGCCACCAUCUUUGACUGCUGUGCCGCCCCCGGUAACAAGACCAGCCAUGUUGCAAGUCUGAUCAACAACAAAGGCACUGUGUUUGCCUUAGACAAGGAUGGCCGCAGGAUGGCUACACUACAGAGAUUGAUGAGGAACGUAGGAGUCACUUGUGUCAUACCUAACUGUCAGGAUUUCCUCAAGGUCAAUCCCCAGGAUGCCCGUUACAAGGAUGUGGAGUACAUGCUGGUGGACCCCUCCUGCAGUGGCUCCGGAAUUGUGAGCAGAAUGAAUGAAAUAAUUGAUGACCCAUCAACAUCCUCAUCUCAAAGACUGGACACCUUGUCAAACUUUCAGGUGACAAUGCUAAAACAUGCCAUGAAGUUCCCAAACGUGAAGCGAGUAGUCUACUCAACAUGUUCUAUUCAUGCUGAGGAGAACGAAGAGGUCAUCAGUGAACUGGAAACCAUUGUUGAGGGUCAGUUCAAAGUUUGUAAGGUGUUUCCUGAUUGGCCAGACAGAGGUCUCCCUGGUUAUGACAGUUCAGACUGUUUUCUACGAAUGUCGCCUGAAAACUCACUGUCUAAUGGGUUCUUUGUAGCCUGUUUUGAAAGGGUGGAAACCAACCCAGACGUCAACAGAACAGUGCCUAAACAUGCAAAGAAAAAGAAGAAAAUGAGAGAGAAGGAUGAAUCUGAAAUCAGUAGCGAGCAAGAAACAUGCUCAAAUGAUAUCGAAACAACUGAUACAACAGUUGUAUCAAAGAAAAAGAAGUGUAAAAAAAGUAAUGACAGUGACGAGGAAACUUUUAUUGAGGAAAACGGAACGAAAAAACGGAAACACGGAGAAAAAGAAAGUGAACCUGAAAGCAAAAGGAAGAGAAAGAAACAUGGAAUGAACCUUGUUGAAAAUCCAGAUUGUGUAGAUACUGAUGGUAAUGAUGAUGUUUGUGCUAAUGGAGAUCUGUCUCUGAAUGUUGAUGCUUGUGAUGAAAAUAUAGAGGAAGAAAAUGGAGUGUCGGUAAAAAAACACAAGAAAAAGAAGAAGCAUAAAAACCGUGAUUUAGAAAUGAAGUCUUGCUCUCUCGGAAAUCAUUUUGAGGCUGGUGAAACAGGAGAGGAAGACAAGUCAAAUGUGAUAAAAAAGCACAAGAAGAAGCAUAAAAAUCGUGAUUUAGAAAUGAGUACUUGCUCUGUUGAUGAUCAUUGUGUGGCUGCUGAUAUUGAAGAGAAGGUGGUCAAAAAGCACAAGAAAAAACAUAAACACCGUGAUUUAGAAAUGAAUACUUGCUCUGUUGAUGACAAUUUUGAGGCUGCUGAAAUAGAAGAUCACUCAAAUGUGGAGACUACGGAAACUUCAGAGGAACACGUGUCGCACCAUAAAAAGAAAAGAAAACACAAGCAUAACAAAGAUUAGCACACCACUAUACCUUCUACCUAAUUAUAUCACAAUAUCUUUUAAAGACAUUUGAAUAAAAAAAACAAGAGAUCCCAGAGGGAUCUUGGCGCCCACCAUUG